UUCUUAGAGCUCCCAAUGUGCCUCUCUAGCUGUUUUGAGUACACCAAGUUAUUAUGUAAUUACAGUUUUUCUGUGUCGUUAUCAAUACACAGUGUAAACAUGCUUUUAGGCUGCCAGUGGUUUGAUACAGCUUUAUUUCUCCAUUGUGUCUGCUUAGGAUAAACUACAGCACUGUGGCCAGCCACUCACUGGCUGAUCGGCAAUUUCAUCUGAACUCAAGGUUGUAACUGACUUUAAGUUAUAAAUAAGGACUGAGAGUGUUUCCUCUGAAAAUCUUUAUAAUUACAGUGAAGUAUUCACAAAUUCUUUUUAUAUGGAAUACCGGCUUAUACAGACCCUUGGCACAAACUAAAUCUAUUGUGACCUAUACACUGUGAAAAAGCUGAAGGUUAAUCCUUGACCUUUCAUCAAAUUAGCCACGUCCUUCAGGGGUUUCAGUUUCCAUAGAUCUAUGGAUGAUAAGGUCAGACAGUGCUCCGUGGUUAGAGAGGCUGAAUUCUUUCAUCUUGUCCAAGGUUACUGCAUUUGCAAAUUUACUAAAGGGAGUUCGUUUAAAAUGUAACAGGUUAAUACUUCCUUUUAAGGCUUAUUUGACCAUUUUAUUUUGAAGUUGUGAAGUGAAUUUUGUUCAUUGGAUUAAGGAAACAGCCUUGGCCCAAAUGUUGAGUCAUUAGAUUGGAUUUUCUGUUAGCUGCCAGAGCAAGAUCUAUAGAGCUCCACGGUGGAAUUCACAAAGUGUUGGACUAUUUUGAACUCUGUUGUAAGUACCGUUGCAGUGAGCACAAAGUGCUAUUCAUAGUCCAGAUACCUGAGACACUUGGCAAAUCAAAAGCUCCGCCUUUAAUUUCCUUAGAGAGUAAAUCAGUGACAUUCGUCUGAAAUAAUUGCAACUUUGAAAGACAGACUGAAUUUCACAGCUACAUAUAGCGUUGGGAUAGCAUUCAAUUCUUCUUUUUGUGUGUACCUCCUCAUGCUCAGCCUGCUCAUGUUUCAUUCAUUUAAGCCCAGUUUCGUGUCCACGUACACAGCCCAGAAUCCCAUUGGACAUAUCCAGUUUCAUGUUAAAACAGAGUUCAUUGUUCACUGUGAUGAUACUGAACACUGAAACAGUGCGUCUGUUGUCAUGCCACAGUCCAGCAUUAUCUCCCACUUAUCUGGUGCAUUUUAUUAAGAAAGCUGAAUAAGUGGGUUGUCCAGGUUGGUCCUGCUCCCUCAGCAGGUGGGACGGGCUACAGUGCCACUUUGGAUCUUCCAGCCUUUCACAUAGACCUGAACAAGCUGAAUCGCAGCACAGAGUGUGUAUUUGCGGAGGCAGAAGAUGGUUUUUCUAACGACCAAAAUAAUGCAAAGGACUGCACUCUUUGUGACGUUUGGUGGUUUGGUUACAUCUCUGAUCACCACCUUCCUUCCCCUGUGGAAGACAAUGAACUCUGACCUGAAUGAGGUGGAGAACUGGUUCUCUGGGCUGUGGCACACCUGCCUCUACACAGAGGAGGUGGGAAUUCAGUGUAAGGCCUACGAGUCCGUCCUCGGACUCCCGAUGGACCUGCAGAUCUCCAGGGUGCUCAUGUCGGUGUCUAUAGGUACUGGAGGUUUAGCAGUGUUGGCUGCUUUCCCAGGUCUGGAAGGGGUCGAGAUGUGCCUGGGCCAGCCUGCCCUGAAGAGAGGGCUUCUCAUCCUCAGCGGGGUGCUGUCCUGGGUGUCGGGCCUCACCACUCUGGCUCCUGUCUCUAUCGUGGCCUACACCACUGUGGUGGAAUUCUGGGAUGAGGGUUUUCCUGAUGUGAUGCCACGCUGGGAGUAUGGGGAGGCAAUGUUCUCUGGAUGGUUUGGAGGUUUUGCUCUGGUCAUCGGAGGGACCCUGUUCUUUGUGGCUGUGUGCAUGGGAGACUACGACCAACGGCCACCAAGUGUCCCAAACAGCCCGCAGGUGAAGCACAGGACGCAGCACUACCUGAAGACAGAGGUUUUAUAAAUUUCUUACUGUGAAAUGUGUGUCAUCUAUGCCUUCAUGUACUUCGAAUGGAAGCCUGUCAACUUGUGCCCUUUGACUGAUGAGAUAAUGACCUUGCUUGUGAACUAUUUCAGUAGUUCUGAAACGAAUUAACAUGUUUCUGACAGAAGUAGCAUGGGAAGCAAAAAGAUUGUCCCCAUUAAGUGAUGCAACUGUGAUGAGAAUCAAACUGUUAUCACAAACUA